UAGAACAUCCGAGAAAUCAUAUUCACGAGGCAUUCAUCCACGUACAACGCAUAAUAUAUGGAAGAAAUCAUAUUCACAAGCGUACAACAUAUAAUGGAAUAAAGAAAAAGCAGCAGCAGCCACCAGCAGCAGCAGGAGAGAGGAAGAAGAAGAAGAAUUGAAGAAGUGGGUAUAUAGGAGUGAAUAUACUAGAGAGAGAUAGUUGAAAAUGGGACACCAUUCAUGCUGCAAUCAACAGAAGGUGAAGAGAGGGCUUUGGUCUCCUGAGGAAGACGAAAAACUCAUCAGAUACAUCACCACCCAUGGCUAUGGCUGUUGGAGUGAAGUCCCUGAGAAAGCUGGGCUACAAAGAUGUGGGAAGAGUUGUCGCUUGAGAUGGAUCAACUAUUUAAGACCUGAUAUUAGAAGAGGGAGGUUCACUCCCGAAGAAGAGAAGUUAAUCAUCAGCCUUCAUGGUGUUGUCGGCAACAGAUGGGCGCAUAUAGCAAGUCAUUUGCCUGGAAGAACAGACAAUGAGAUAAAGAACUACUGGAAUUCCUGGAUCAAGAAGAAAAUCAGGAAGCCCCCUGCAGCUGCACCACCACCUCCAACCUCUACUGCCAUAUCCAAUAGUGCCACUGACCAUUCCCAACUGGGCUACACUACUUCAAGCCAUCUAAACUUAGUGAACCAUGACUUUGCAACAAAGUCCACUACCACUACACCAAUUUUAAUGCAAGAAACCCUAUUUUCUUCUUCCUGCCCUCUAUUUAUGUUCGACACCACCGGCUCCUUCGACGGGAUCAUUGCCGACAAUGUGCCACGAGCCGAAGUACUUUUCCACGAAGCCGGGGCGACCUUAAGCUCCUCAGAAACUUGGCAUCAUUUGGAGCAGAGCCAAGCUCAAGCAUUGAUGCCUCCACCAGGUGCAUUCACAAUGAGUAGUAGUACUGCUAAUGCAGCCAUGGAUUGUAAUUCUACUUUGCCACCAUUAGUGGAGAAUAUGGAUAACUUGAUGCCCGUGGAAUUGCAAGCUUGCAGUACUACCAUGGAUGAGGAAGGUGGAGAUCAAAUUACAUUGGAUUGCUUACAGAGACAAGACCUUAAUGAUUGGGUUGACUCACAGCAGUGCCCUAGUUUUCUUUUUUGGGAUCAUAUUGAGCAAGGGGCGGUCGGCGGGGAGGAAAUUGCGCAGCCGCCAGCUUCGACGAGUAUGGAAGCCAUGCUGUCUUCUUUCCCGUCGCCUCUUUGAGAAGUAUACUACGUACAAGACUUAAUUAAUUAUGAUGGUUACUGAUGAAAAGAUCAUGAGUUGGUUUGUUUGUUUGUUUAUUUUUUUUAAUUAACCCUAAUAUUACUUUCACUGGUGAGGUAAUGAAUUUGAAAUGCAUCUGAGGGAAUGCAUGCAGUGUAAGAGAGCAUGCAUGCAUGCAUGCAUGCAACGUUUAAUUUUCUCGGUCUUUGGAUCGAAAUAGAUCAUGAAGAGGGAAAAAAAAAAGAAAUAAAAGGAAGAGAGGAAAGAGGUAGCUAGCCACCUAAGGUUGGUGAUCGAUGAUGAUGAUGAGAUACAUGCAAUUUGGUUAUUCUUCUGGUGUGUAAUAUUGGCCAUGGUGUUGAAUUAAUGAUACUCAUUAAUGGGUUUGGUUUUCCAAA